GUUGAAGUGUUGUAUUUUGCAAAAAGUGCUGAAAUUGCAGGAAUUCGCUCUGAGACUAUUUCUGUGCCACAAGAAAUAAAAGCAUUGCAGCUGUGGAAUGAGAUAGAAGCACGACAUCCUGGAUUGGCUGAUGUCAGAAAUCAGGUGAUAUUUGCUGUCCGUCAAGAAUAUGUCGAGCUUGGAGAUCAACUCCUCCAGCUUCAGUCAGGAGAUGAAAUUGCCAUUAUCCCCCCCAUUAGUGGAGGGUAGUGCUCUUGAGCCACUUGGGUGUGUGAGGAAAGAUAUGAAUGAAAUUGAAGAGAAAUCUAAAGAUAUAAUAAAAUUCACUGCUGAGAAACUCUCCAUAGAUGAAGUCUCACAGUUGGUGGUUUCUCCACUCUGUGGUGCAGUAUCCCUGUUUGUAGGGACUACAAGAAAUAACUUUGAAGGGAAAAAAGUCAUUAGCUUAGAAUAUGAAGCAUAUCUACCAAUGGCGGAAAAUGAAAUCAGAAAAAUUUGUAGUGACAUUAGGCAGAAAUGGCCAGUCAAACACAUAGCAGUGUUUCAUAGACUUGGCUUAGUUCCAGUGUCGGAAGCAAGCAUUAUCAUUGCUGUGUCCUCGGCCCAUAGGACUUCAUCCCUUGAAGCUGUGAGCUAUGCCAUUGAUACUUUAAAAGCCAAGGUGCCCAUAUGGAAAAAGGAAAUGUAUGAAGAAUCAUCAUCAUCUUGGAAAAGAAACAAAGAGUGCUUUUGGACAGCCAGUGAUUAAUUCACACAUUUUUUUUUUAGAGAACUAAAAUUAAACUUGGUAAACUGUC